AUGUUUUUUUUUUGCCGUCAGUUCGUCAAUUGCAAUUUCUCCCUCUUCGCAAUUGCGAAUCUCGACUCCGCCUCAGCAGUCGGCGACUCGACGCUUCGACGCUUCGUUCUGUCGUCCUAUGUUCGCCGGUCCACCGCCCACCAGUCCGACACCCGCCGGUCCGUCGCCCACUGCUCCGCCCGGCGGGUGUUGAAUGUUGAUUCCGUCGUCUGCCGGUCCAUCGUGGCGCCGCCGACCAGUCUGCCGGCCGCCCGCGGCCCUGCCGCCCCGGCCCGCCUGUCCGCCGCGACGUCGCCUAUCCACUGCAGCAGGUCAACAGCUGACUCUGUGCAUUUUGUCCGGGAUCAGAAGGUUAUUAUUUGGCUCUUCCAGCAAGUACAAAUUAUGGAGAGGUUUUUUAAACCUAAACGUUUUCGUGAGGGUUCUUCCAAUGAUCCUAAUAUUAAUGAAGUUGUGGAAAUUCAAUCUCAUGUGGAAUUAGAUUUAAAUGAUAUUGUUAGUGAUCCUGGAUUACGAAAAUCAAUUGAAGAGUUUGAUAUUUCUAUUCGAGAUCAAGUCCGAAGAGAGUACUUGACUAGGGGGCCCUGCAAACCAAUUGGGCAUAUGUAUCCAAAAAGAUCUUUUGGAGGUCGAUAUAAAGAGGAUGCCUUUGUAAAAAAUGGAUUUAUUAAUCGGAAAAAUGCUUUAGAAAGAUUUAAUUUGCAUAAUGGUGCCGUAGAUAGUUGUCACAAUCAUGCUAGAGUACAGGUUGAAUCUUUUCAAGAUCAAAGACAUAGUGUUUCAAAUAUAUUACGAGCACAUGGGCGAGAUAUAGAGGUUUCUUAUCGCAUCCGUUUAACAGCAAUGUUGGAUGUUACGCGAUUUCUUUUAAAGCAAGGACUGUCUUUCCGUGGACAUGAUGAGUCAAGUAAUUCUUUAAAUAGAGGAAACUUUCUUGACGGAAACAAUCAAAUGAUUUCUCCAGCAAUUCAAAAAGACCUUACGCGUGCUUGUGCCUCUGAGAUCACACUUUCCAUAAUCGAAGAUAUUGGAAACAAUGUUUUCUCCUUAAUGGUUGAUGAAUCUCGAGACAUUUCAGUGAAGGAGCAAAUGAGAGUUGUUUUGAGAUAUGUGAACAAAAGAGGACAGGUGAUUGAACGAUUCCUUGCAAUUGUACAUGUAUCUGACACUAGCUCUCGUUCUUUGAAGGAUGCUAUCGAUGCUUUAUUUGCGAAACAUGGAUUAUCAUUAUCUAGACUGAGAGGUCAAGGAUAUGAUGGAGCUUCAAAUAUGCGGGGUGAAUUCAAUGGAUUGAAAUCUCUCAUUUUACAAGAAAAUCCAUAUGCAAGUUAUAUUCAUUGUUUUUCUCACCAAUUGCAGUUAGUUAUUAUUGCUGUUGCCAAGAGUAAUCUCAACGCGAGUGAUUUUUUUAACUAUGUCACUAUGAUUGUUAACACAACGGGAGCAUCAUGUAAAAGGAGAGAUCAACUUAGGCAAAUUGAACAUGAUAGGAUUGUUGUAAUGUUGGAGGGUGGAGACAUUAGUACAGGCAGUGGCAAAAAUCAAGAAACUAAUUUAGUAAGGCCAGGAGACACUCGUUGGGGAUCACACUACUUGAGAUUGGGUCGUCUAUUAUCUAUGUGGCCUUCAGUGAUUCAAGUGUUGGAGAAUAUUUGUGAUGAUUCUAGUUCUUUUGAUAGUAGAGGGGUUGCCAAAAGUUUGAUUCAGAAAAUGGAGAAUUAUGAGUUUGUUUUCAUGUUGCACUUGAUGAAGAUGAUAUUGGGAAUGACAAAUGAGUUGUCACUUGUGUUACAACAAAAGGAUCAAAAUAUUGUCCAAGCCAUAAGUUUGAUUGAGAGUGUGAAAGAUCAAUUUCAAAUAUUUAGGGAAGACGGAUGGCAUACAAUUAUAGAUAAAGUCAACACAUUUUGUGAGUUGAAUGAGAUCCCAGUGCCGGAGAUGAAAGACAAUUGUAUGAUUGGUGGUCGUAGUAGACGUAGAAGGCAAGUCAUCACCAAUUUGCAUUAUUAUCGUGUGGAGAUUUUCUAUCAGGUUGUUGAUUCAGUUAUACAAGAGAUGAAUACUCAUUUUUCAGAAGUUGGCACAGAAUUGCUUAGUUGUAUAGCAUGUCUUCAUCCAAGGAAUUCUUUUUCUGAAUUCAAUGUUCAGAAACUCGUUCGACUUUGUGAUUUAUAUCCUGAGGACUUCUCAACAAAUGAUUGUAUAGUUAUUGAACAACAACUUCAGAAUUUCAUUCAUAAUAUACGACAGGAUCCAAAUUUUUUUGGAAUUGAAGAUUUGGGAAGUUUUGCUCAGAAAAUUGUUGAAACUCAAAAAAAUCAAGCUUAUCCAUUGGUUUAUCGUCUGAUUGAGAUGACAUUAGUUUUACCAGUUGCGACCGCUUCUGUUGAAAGAGUAUUUUCUGCGAUGAAGACGAUAAAGACUGAUUUACGUAACAGAAUGGGAGACGAGUGGAUGAAUUGUCUAGUCGUAUACAUCGAGAAAGAUAUCUUUUCAACAAUUGAAAAUGAGCAAAUAUUGCAGCGUUUUCAAAAGAUGAAAAGCCGCAGGAUGCAGUUACCUCCUCUUUCUUAUCCAACGAUCACCUAA